AUGGAGGAACUAAUGUUAGAAAAUAAUAAGCUUCAUGGGAGUUUGUUUGGAUGGCUAGAGGAGAUGAAGAAUCUAAGUUCUCUCGAUCUCAGCAAUAAUUCACUAGUAGGGCCUAUUCCUACUGGAAUUGGGAGACUCUCAAAUUUGCAAUGGUUAGACCUCUCUUAUAAUUCCUUGCAAGGUGUCAUAUCUGAAGCUCAUUUUGCCAAUCUAUCAAAGUUGGUGGAGUUGACCUUAAGCUCAAAUUCUUUGACCAUUGACGUGGAUCAAUAUUGGAUUCCUCCGUUUCCUCCGUUGUACCCUCGAAGGGGUCACCCUUCUAUUCUCGGUCAGCUGCCUCUUCUUCCUCUAUUUCCAGCAUGGCUUCGAUGGCAAAUGCAAAUUGACGAUCUAAAUCUGUCCAACACUAGCAUUGCAGAUAGUAUUCCUGAAUGGUUUUGGAAUUUGUCAUUUUCCUCCGUAGAUCUCUCUCAUAAUCAGAUUACAGUCUUGGAUUUGUCAAACAACAAUCUUGCCAACGAAAUUCCUUCUUCAAUUGGUUCACUGAGUUCGCUCACAUUAUUGCACCUCAACAAUAACAACUUCUAUGGAGAACUUCCUUUGGAAUUGCGACAUUGCAAUAAUUUGCUGUUCCUUGACCUUAGCAACAAUAAACUCACAGGGGGAAUCCCAAGAUGGAUAAGAGAAAACUUGCAGGAUCUAGUAAUAUUGCAGUUGAGGUCAAAUAUGUUUGUGGGAGAAAUUCCUCCAGAACUUGCACGACUUGCUUAUCUCCAAUUCUUGGAUCUUGCGCAUAAUAAUUUGACAGGAUCAGUACCAGAUUCUUUUGGUAAUUUCAGCGCUAUGAUCUCUCAUACGAUUCACAAUUAUGAUGGAAAAGCAUUUACUGUUGACGAAAGCAACUUUACAGAUUUUGACUACAAUAAUAACUUGCUUGUGGUAAUACAAGGAAAAGAGUAUCAAUAUUCUACCACCAUGUACCUUCUCAAGAUUGUGGACCUCUCAGAAAACAAUCUAAGCGGUCAAAUCCCAAAAGAGAUAGUUGCACUUGUGUUAUUACGUAGUUUGAAUUUAUCAGGAAAUCAUCUAAAUGGAAUGAUUCCGGAAUUGAUAGGUGACAUGCACUCCUUGGAAUCACUGGACCUCUCUCUAAAUGAGCUUCAAGGUGCCAUUCCACAAAGCUUGUCGGCUUUGACAUUUUUGAACUACCUGAAUUUAUCUUAUAACAAUUUAUCUGGAAGAAUUCCAACAGGAAAUCAAUUGAGCACACUCAAUAACCCUUCAAUUUAUAUUGGCAACACUUAUCUUUGUGGACCUCCCACGGGGAAGAAUUGUACUGAAAAUGAAACAAUGCCUAAUGAUGUUGGGGACGACUACCCUGAUGGAUCAGAGUCAGCAUGGCCAUACCUCAGCAUUGGCUUAGGGUUCGUGGCUGGAUUUUGGAGUGUGUGCGGUAUUUUAAUAUUCAAGGAGUCCUGGAGUAGCAUCUAUUUUCAAAUGAUUGAUAAGCUUUACGACAAAUUAUAUGUGAUGAUAGUAAUAAGUUUGAGAAGGUUGAAUAGAAAAAUGCACGGAUGA